AUGACACAAGACUUUAUGAGAUUAGAUAGAUUUGAUGGUACUAAAUUUGUUCAUUGGCAAGAAAAGAUUAUGUUCUUGCUAACCACUCUCAAGGUCUUCUAUGUCUUGGAUAAAGAUCUAAAGGCUAUAGAACCCGCUCAAGAAGAUGACACUCAAGAAGUCAUCAAAGAAAGGAAGAAACACGAAGAAGAUGAAUUUAUUUGUAGGGGUCACAUUCUCAACGCACUCUCGAACUGCUUGUAUGAUCUCUACCCCAACACCAAGACCGCCAAGGAGAUUUGGGAAGAUUUAGAGAAAAAGUACAAAGCGGAAGAAGAAGAUACAAAGAAAUUCCUUAUUACUCAAUACAUGAAAUUUAAGUUUUAUGACAUGAAACUCAUUCUUCCCCAAAUACAUGAGUUGCAUAUAAUUGUGAAUAAGCUAUCUACCCUAAGUAUUAUCUUGCCAGAGCAAUUCCUUGUUAGAGCCAUAAUAGCCAAAUUGCCUCAUUCUUGGAGGGGCUAUAAGAAGAAAAUCCAUCAUAAGAAUGAUGAGAUUUCAUUGGAACAAAUCCUCAAACACUUGAAGAUUGAGGAGGAAUCCCAUUCUAGAGAUAAUAAUGAGGAGGAGUCUAAUGGAGAGACUUCAAAGGACAAUGUGGUGGCUAAACUUCCUAACAAUGGCAAAUGA